CGCAGCUGGGGCCAGCGGUGCCAAGCGCAGCUGGACGAGCGGCCGCAGCUGGGCGAGUGACAGCCCCGGCUCCGCGCGCCGCGGCCGCCAGAGCCGGCGCAGGGGAAGCGCCCGCGGCCCCGGGCGGCAGCAGCGGCCGCCUCCUCCGCGCCUGCCGGGCCUGCAGCCGGCGAUCCCGCGCCCCGGGGCCGGCACCUCUCGGCUCCGGCUCCCCGCGCGCAAGAUGGCUGACCCGGCUGCGGGGCCGCCGCCGAGCGAGGGCGAGGAGAGCACCGUGCGCUUCGCCCGCAAAGGCGCCCUCCGGCAGAAGAACGUGCACGAGGUGAAGAACCACAAAUUCACCGCCCGCUUCUUCAAGCAGCCCACCUUCUGCAGCCACUGCACCGACUUCAUCUGGGGCUUCGGGAAGCAGGGAUUCCAGUGUCAAGUUUGCUGCUUUGUUGUGCACAAGCGGUGCCAUGAAUUUGUCACAUUCUCCUGCCCUGGCGCUGACAAGGGCCCAGCCUCUGAUGACCCACGGAGCAAACACAAGUUUAAGAUCCACACAUACUCCAGCCCCACGUUUUGUGACCACUGUGGGUCACUGCUGUACGGACUCAUCCACCAGGGGAUGAAAUGUGACACCUGCAUGAUGAACGUGCACAAGCGCUGCGUGAUGAACGUCCCCAGCCUCUGCGGCACCGACCACACGGAGCGCCGCGGCCGCAUCUACAUCCAGGCGCACAUCGACAGGGAAGUCCUCAUCGUCGUUGUAAGAGAUGCUAAAAACCUUGUACCCAUGGACCCCAAUGGCUUGUCAGAUCCCUACGUAAAACUGAAACUGAUUCCUGAUCCCAAAAGCGAGAGCAAGCAGAAGACCAAAACCAUCAAGUGCUCCCUCAACCCCGAGUGGAACGAGACAUUUAGAUUUCAGCUGAAAGAGUCAGACAAAGACAGAAGACUGUCAGUAGAGAUUUGGGAUUGGGAUCUGACCAGCAGGAAUGACUUCAUGGGAUCUUUGUCAUUUGGGAUUUCUGAGCUGCAGAAAGCUGGUGUUGAUGGCUGGUUUAAGUUACUGAGCCAGGAGGAAGGCGAAUACUUCAACGUGCCUGUGCCACCGGAAGGAAGCGAGGGCAAUGAGGAGCUGCGGCAGAAAUUUGAGAGAGCCAAGAUCGGCCCGGGAACCAAGGUUCCGGAAGAAAAGACGACCAACACCAUAUCCAAAUUUGACAACAAUGGCAACAGGGACCGGAUGAAACUGACCGAUUUUAACUUCCUGAUGGUGCUGGGGAAAGGCAGCUUUGGCAAGGUUAUGCUCUCGGAGCGAAAAGGCACCGAUGAGCUCUACGCGGUGAAGAUCCUGAAGAAGGACGUUGUGAUCCAAGACGACGACGUGGAGUGCACCAUGGUGGAGAAGCGGGUGCUGGCCCUGCCCGGGAAGCCGCCCUUCCUCACCCAGCUCCACUCCUGCUUCCAGACCAUGGACCGCCUGUACUUUGUGAUGGAGUACGUGAACGGGGGUGACCUCAUGUACCACAUCCAACAAGUUGGCCGGUUUAAAGAGCCUCAUGCUGUAUUUUACGCUGCAGAAAUCGCCAUCGGUCUGUUCUUCUUACAGAGCAAGGGCAUCAUUUACCGUGAUCUAAAACUUGACAACGUGAUGCUGGAUUCUGAGGGGCACAUCAAGAUUGCUGAUUUUGGCAUGUGUAAGGAGAAUAUCUGGGAUGGGGUGACAACUAAGACAUUCUGUGGCACUCCAGACUACAUCGCCCCUGAGAUAAUUGCUUAUCAGCCCUAUGGGAAGUCCGUGGACUGGUGGGCAUUUGGAGUCCUGCUGUAUGAAAUGUUGGCUGGGCAGGCACCCUUUGAAGGGGAAGAUGAGGAUGAACUCUUCCAGUCUAUCAUGGAGCACAAUGUGGCUUAUCCGAAGUCCAUGUCCAAGGAGGCUGUGGCCAUCUGCAAAGGGCUGAUGACCAAACACCCAGGCAAACGUCUGGGUUGUGGGCCUGAAGGUGAACGUGACAUCAAAGAACACGCAUUUUUCCGGUAUAUCGAUUGGGAGAAACUUGAACGCAAAGAGAUUCAGCCCCCGUAUAAGCCAAAAGCUUGUGGGCGAAAUGCUGAAAACUUCGACCGAUUUUUCACCCGCCAUCCACCAGUCCUAACACCUCCUGACCAGGAAGUCAUCAGGAAUAUUGACCAAUCAGAAUUCGAAGGAUUUUCCUUUGUUAACUCUGAAUUUUUAAAACCUGAAGUCAAGAGCUAAGUAGAUGUGUAGAUCUCCGUCCUUCAUUUCUGUCAUUCAAGCUCAACGGCUAUUAUGGUGACAUUUAUUUUUCUCAUUGCCAAGUUGCAUCCAUGUUUGAUUUUCUGAUGAGACUACAGUGACCGUGUUUCAGGACCCAAAUGUCCUCAGGUAGUUUGGAGCAUCUCUACGAGAUGGGAUUAUGCAGAUGGCGUACGGAAAAUGCUGCUGCAUAAUUAACACAUUAUCGAAGUCCUCUUACAAUUUAUUUUGCGCAGCAUGUCAGCUAAGUAGACCCAGUGGGGAAAGAAAAUGCCUGCUUUCUUCCCCUCUUUUACUGCACUGCCGUUUUCACCCCAACCGUCCAAUCUAGAUCCUUCCUACAAAAUUCGUGGAUAAUCGAAUGCAGUAUUCUUCCACUUCCUGGCCUGGAGCUUGGCUUGUAUCCAAGUAUAUGGUUGCUUUGGCCUAGAGGGAAUCCCUCUAUCUAUCUGUUCUGGAGGCAUCAGAGCCUUGAAAAGAACAUGCUCAAAAUAAAAUUUUAUGAGUUAUUUUUUAAAACUCAAAGUUAAGAUUAUCUACGUUCCAAAAUUCCAAGAGUGUGCUUCUAGAUAGUGUCGAUCUAAAAGCACUUCAGGGGGUCAAAAGGCAACCAGCUUGGGUGCUACCUCAGUGUUGUACUUUCUGAUACUCUAUGUCUCUGGUCACCUUCAUCCCCAAACUACUGGAAAAGGGCAUUUGGCACCACUCCCUGAAAGAACACGGUCACUCUAGCAAGGUCCCAAAGGGCCAUGGUCUUACAUUACAUUUCAAACUUUAUUUGCUUUGGGGUUUUGUUUCUGUUGUUGUUCAAAUGCAAAAAAAAGAAAAAAGUGACUCACUUUGUUACACAUGCUUUAAAAUAUGUGUCCAAAUGUUAUUAAACACAAUGACCUGCUUUGAUUUUACCAAGAAGACGGUUCUGGAGCCUGGCAGUCCCAUGCCUGUGGAGACGGGAUUUGCCUAGGUUUGUCGCUGGCUUUGGAAAGCCAGUUCAGCGCUCUGAGAAAGAUGCCAUUUCUUGAAACAAAGACGGUUGUACUCUUCACUUUUUGUUUUGCAAGAUGUUUGUGGAAAUGUUCAUUUGUACCUGGAUAUCUGUUAUGUGCCCUUUUUCUUCUAGCAUCGAGAUACAAUAAAAACAAAAAAAGAAAGAAAAGAAAAGAAGAAGAAAUGCUAUUUCAAGGAAAACUUAUCUUUUUGAAAAAUGUGGACCCAGACUACAAAGUAGGGCCUGAGGAAGGAACUCAGGAGAAAGGAACUAAAUCCAGAGCUUAAUCUUGGCCCCAGUAUUCAGCCAGUCAAGAGAGGCAGGGACUGUGGACCAUUCAGGGACUCCUGGUGGCCUCUAGUGGGGUGGGACAACCUGGCCAGAAUCUCCAAGGAUGUUGGGUCCCAAAGCCCACACUCUCCCCAGAGUCAAGUUGAGAGGCUGGCUGGGAACAUGAAUGGGGCUCUUGGCUUUCCUAUCAAAAUCACCACUCCUCCCAGCUCGGACUAAAUAUUCUUUCUAGCAAGCAGCUUUGUGAUCUCCCUGAAGCCCAAGGAAAUCCUUGGGUGGGAGAAACUUCAUUUCUUUCUGAGCGGAUUAAGAGAGCAGGUCUCAUCCUUGCCUACCACGUCCUGCUAUUCUCAGGCAGCCCUAAAGAGAAUUCUUAUCACAGUUUAAGUGAUUUCCAGAAGUUCCAAGACUUCUGAGAGACCAUCAAGGGAACAUUGAAAACUUAAUUAAUGUCCUUGAAGUGAGACUUCUUCUCCUUAAGAAAACCAUGAUAUGGAUUUCCCCUUAGGCAACGUCCACUGUAGGUCAUCUUUCUCUGCCCUUCCAUUACUUUAGGCUUGGGGACCAUCCCUGCUGUUGCCACCAUGGUAGCAAACCUAAAGUGAAGCCAACUCAAAGUCCUAGCUGAGAAGCUUAGGAGGUUAGAGAAGGAGGGAAAUUGGGGCAAAAUUCCCUCAUUUCAUUAUUGGGGAAACUACAAUCUGAAGAGAGGAAGUAACUUGCCCAAGGUCAGUCAGCUGGGAUACAAACCCAGGCUUCCUGAUCCUCAGCCUGGGACUGCCUCUGCUCUCUAGCAACGUAACAGGCAUCUUUGAGUCAUACCCACCAACAGGCAAGUUACUUGAGGUCCUUUGGCUUUCAGGUCGUGCUCUCAUUUUGCUUGGACAUGCUCUCAGGAAGAUAAAAGCCAUGGAGAAACAUUGGGCCAUCAACACAUGAUCUGAGACAACUUUAGAGAACAAUGUAGGAUGGAUGGAUAGAAAGAUAGAUAGAUAUACAUAGAUAGAUAGAUAAAAUAUAAUGUAUAUGUAUACUACAUUCUACAUUUUCCAAAUUCUUGCCCUUAUUUUUCAAAAGUUUAAUGGUUUGCAGAAAUAGAUACUCAAGCCAAAGUCUCUGUUCCCCUAGCACAUCUUCCUGAGGAUUGGUCAGAGAAGGAAGGAAGGAAUCAGUAGUCAGAAUUCCUACCAUUUCCUUUUCUAUCCACAUUUCCAGUCCAGGGAAGUCUGAGAAACAUAGCUCUCCUAAGAAAACAGAGGGCUGUGGCCACAAUGACCUUCUUGGUUGAUUAAUGGGAGGUCAGUGGAGUUAAUAGCCCUCCUUGGAUGAAUGCUACUAUUCUCAAGUGGCUUCAGAUGCUAUCAACCCAAAAGGAAUUAUCCCAACAGAGAGGCCUAUUCUUUCCCAACUUCUAGGGUAAGAUCCAGGAGUAUUUUCUAUGGGGAUCUGCCCACAGGACAAAGUCCAUAAGGCCAAGUCCUGUCUGGACCAUGUGGCUAUCUGAAGCAUUAGUCUUCACCAACAUAAGAAAUGGGGAAGGGCUUCCAAAGUUGGGGCUGGUGGGAAGUGAACUUUUGCUAUCUGCCCAUGGGCAGGGAAGACCAGAUAGGGUUGGUGAGACCAGGGGAGACCUGAAAGAAGGCAGCUGCCUAUCUUCUAGCCCCAAAUCUGCCUGUCUUCUAGCCCACACAGAGUCCUGGAGCUCUCUGACCUUGAAGGCACCUACCAAAAUUCAGUUCAUACUGGGGCUCAAAUGGACAGUGGCCCAUUUGGGAGACCAAUAGACCCAAUGAGAAUAAAUUCCAUUGUUUUGCUUCAGAGUGAGGUCCCUGCCUCGGGGGCAACUAUAGGCUGGAAAAAGUGAGGAGGGUCUUCCUUGGCCAAGUCUUCAUUCAUAGAUUCGUUCAUUCAACAAAUAAUUAUGAGCAGCCUACUGUGUGCCAGGUACUAUUCUUGGCACUAGAAAUACAAUAAUGAAGAAACAGGCAAGGACCCUGCCCUCUUGGAGACAAAUAAUAAGCAAACAGAACACUCUCUGAAAGCAAUAAGUGCAAUAAAGUCAAUGAAAAGGAUACCAAAGCAUGACUUGCAGGGAUUGAGAGAAGGAGGCACAGACAGUAUUAAAGGAAGAGGAGGCAUGCUAGCUUUGCUCUGAACACAGGCGGUAACACACUGAGUUCCUGGGGGAUGGAACCUCCCACAGCACAACACAGGCUCACAGUAGGCAGGACAAGGCAAGGCAGAGAGGGUGGGACGUGGCAGGAGAUGGCCCACCAUCCAGAAAACAGCUCCCUUGGCAUCUCUAGCCUGCUCUGCUCUGGCCACACGUACCCAAGUGUGCUGUCGAGACAGUGUGUCCCCGUCACUGCCACGUCCCCACGCAGAGUAGGGAGGGAACUCCAUAGAGACAUUUUACCUAUCUCAGGGGAACAGCAGAAAGAAGUACUUCUUGUGAAAAGAGAAUGAGCCCAGUGAUGAGAAACCCUCAUCAGCCAGUGACCACUAGGGGUUAAAGCCUGUGUGGUGAUUGGCCAACCUCUAAUGAGUCAAUCAAUCCUCACCGACCCCGGCCCCCUUUGUAAUCGGACACAACUCUGGCUUCAGCCUGGUGGCCUGCCUCGGGCCAGCGAAUCCCAGGGGUUAUCCUUAGUUGUCCCAUAAUAAAACAGCCAUCAGCCUGUCGCUCCGGUCAGAGGGGCUGAGAGGAGGCACACUUAGCAGCGAUGUGGUCAGGCAAUACUCACAAACCCACUGUGCAAUCUUGGGCAAGUCACUUCACCUGCCUGUGCCUCAGUUUUCUCAUCUGUCAAACAAUGGGGAGGGGAUGAGGACUCCAGCUCUAUCUGCCUCCCAGAUGUGUGUGGCGAGGAUGGGAAGAAAUGAUGGGCUGACAAGGACCUUGAAGAAGUCAGCCCGUCAUAUAGAAGAUCUGUUUAUCAGCCCACACUCUGACGUUCCCUGGCAAAACUUGCUCCAAACCAGAGUUAGUAAAUUGGGGUUAAUAUCUCCCCUGCCUCCCCACUAAAAAAGAAAUGCCAGACAAACCAGGAGAAUCGAGUUGCUCUGGAUUUUUGUUGUUGUUGUUGUUAGUUUGUUUUUUAAGGCUGCCCUUACAGAUCUUACUUUAAGCUUUGGAUUUUGUUUUUUGUAGUUUGUUGACUAGAUACAUGCUGUAAAUAUCUUUGGAGAGAGCCUCUGGCUGAUGAAGACCCAAAUUCUAAGCUGUGGGUGGGUUUUUGAGUAUCCCUUCAAAGCCUGGAUUGUACCAGCAAGUGUGGGCUAGACAGUCAUCAAUUCCCUUCAUUAAGCAGAGAUCUGAUUUUCCUACAUGGUCAUUCCCCCUUUCAGGGAGCAGAGCAGCUGUGCAAGUUCACCUUGACAAAGAAAGAGGCCUCCUAGCCACAGGGGUCGCUAUUGAGCAGUUUUCUCGGGGCCACUCUACCUAAUGACUAAUUCUAUGGCAUUAUGCAUGGUAAUAAGUAGUUUCCAAUUCAAUUCAUCUAAAAGCCAAAGAAAAUACAACACACACACACACACACACACACACACAGCCCACUUCGGGGCAACUCUUAAAGAAAUUCAAUGACUUAUUUCCUCUCUUAGAAAAUGUCCACCAGGUUUUCUUUCUAUCCCGAAGACAACAUACAAAGCUAGUAUGUGCAAUGCAGCUGCUAAAAAUUGCCAACGCAGGGCUCUUUCUGACUCUGCUCAUGAAAUGACAUCAGAUUACCAGUAGCUGGCAUGUCUUGGUCCUGUUUCCUUCUUCUUAUGCUGUGUUAAUGUGUCUGCUUUCCAUUUGGCAGAGAGACAAGCGAGAUACCUCCAACUUCGACAAAGAGUUCACCAGACAGCCUGUGGAACUGACUCCCACUGAUAAACUCUUCAUCAUGAACUUGGACCAGAAUGAAUUUGCUGGCUUCUCUUAUACUAACCCAGAGUUUGUCAUUAAUGUGUAGGUGAAUGCAAACUCCAUUGUCGAGCCUGGGGUAUAAGACUUCAGGCCAAGUAUACGAAUCAAUUCUAGUCUUCCAGGAUUCACGGUGCAUAUGUUGGCAUUCAACAUGUGGAGAGCUUGUCUUAGAGGGCUUUUCUUUGUAUGUGUAGCUUGCUAGUUUGUUUUCUACAUUUGGAAAUGUUUAGUUUAGAGUAAGCGCAUUAUCCAAUUAUAGAGGUACAAUUUUCCAAACUUCCAGAAACUCAUCAAAUGAACAGACAAUGUCAAAACUACUGUGUCUGAUACCAAAAUGCUUCAGUAUUUGUAAUUUUUAAAGUCAGAAGCUGAUGUUCCUGGUAAAAGUUUUUACAGUUAUUCUACAAUAUCUUCUUUGAAUGCUAAGCAUGACUGGUAUUUUUAAAAUUGUGAGUAAGCUUUGCAGUUACUGUGAACUAUUGUCUCUUGGAGGAAAUUUUUUGUUUAAGAAUUGAUAUGAUUAAACUGAAUUAAUAUAUGCAGA